GUUAUUUCUUCUCGCUCAGCCGCCGGACCAAUUCUGAUAAACUUUGGUGUUGAGGUGACACAACAACACUGGAUGAAACAAAACCGACAUCCUCAUUGGCUAAGCCGAGGACAUUGGGCCCGUUUAGAAAUAACAUGGAUAAGUUUGGUUACUAAUCUGUAAGAAAUCAGGUCUAUUGAGAUUUAGAAAUAAAAGGCUUCGUAUUAAAUUUGAAGUAGAAAGCUGUAUGCAAUGUUUUAUUCUCUUGACGAGACUGUAACUGUUAGGUGCAUUAUUCCUUGGCAAUGGUAUUCCAACAGGAGUAACGUCCUGAAAACCGCAAUAGGUAGGUAUUUGUUUUGAUAGGUUUUUACCAUGAAUACUUAAGUUACUAAAAUAUGGAAUUUUUGAAAGCUUUUCCUUCCCAUUAUGACACAAGGAUAGUCCGAAUACGUUGAGUAUAAAACCCAGCAGACCUAAUUACAAACCACUUAGUUGGAAUAACUGAGCCGCGUCUUUGAUGUUGCCAUACGCAUUAAAGUAUUAACUUUUUAUUAACUUCAACAGGUUUCGCAAAUCAAUUAGUUGUCCGCCUCAUCAAUUUUGUAAAAACUCAAAAACUGUUACCCUUGACACGAUAUAGGUGCAGUGCUGUGUGAGCGUAUUUCUUGAAAAGUCGAAGCAGCGAAAUGACGCGUGCCUGUAUAUUAAUUGUAGGUUUAUGUUUUAUAACUGUAAGCCUUGGUAAAACUUUCUCCGAAUGUGAACUAGUUAGGGAAUUAAGGCGUCAAGGCUUUCCACACGACCAGCUGAAAGACUGGAUGUGUCUAAUUGAAGCAGAAAGUACGAGAAGGACUGAUGUCGUUGGACGAGCCAAUGGGGACGGGUCCCAAGACUUCGGGUUGUUUCAAAUAAACGAUCGCUAUUGGUGCAAUAAUGGCGACCAACCCGGCAAAGGAUGCAACCUACGCUGCAAAGAUCUGCUUCUGGACGACAUUACAGUAGCCUCACAGUGCACAAAAAAGAUUUUUGCAGUCCAUGGAUUUAACGCCUGGGUGGGUUGGGCAAAUAAAUGUAGGGGUAGGAGACUGCCUAAUCUUCCCUGUUAAGUUUGAUGAUGUGUGGACAUUAUCUUACAGUUAUUCAUUUGUAAUAAAAACAUUAUUGAUA